AGUUGAAUUAUUGGGUGCAGCCAGGACAGACAGAAGGAAGAAAAGGCAGCUGGAGGUUGUAGGGCAGAACGGAUGAAGAUGGGAGGCCAAGUCUGGAUCAUGAUGUUGCUGCUGGCAAUUGGGGUUCAAGGAUUGCGGAUCCCUCUGAAGAAAUUCCCAUCAGUCCGGAAUCGCUUUGGCCAGUCGGGCCUGCCCAUUGCUGAUCUCUUAAGGCGAGGAGGACUCAGGGCUGGGAAGCCCCCUAAUGCCUCUGUCACCCACCAACGUCUCCACAACUAUAUGGAUGCACAGUACUAUGGGGACAUCUACCUCGGGACCCCGAAACAGCGCUUCACUGUUGUCUUUGAUACUGGUUCUUCUAAUUUGUGGGUGCCUUCUUCCAGAUGUUGCCUGGCACAUCUGGCCUGCUGGGUACACAGUCACUACCGGUCCUUGUUUUCUUGCACCCACGAGGCUGAUAAAUCCAAAUUUGAAAUCCACUACGGAAGCGGCAGCCUGAAAGGAUUCUUGAGCCGGGAUAGUCUCACUAUUGGCAACAUGACCAUUAAAAACCAGACAUUUGCCGAGGCCACAGAUAUGCCAGGACUGGUUUUUGUAGCUGCCAAGUUCGACGGUAUCUUGGGGUUGGCCUAUCCCACCAUCUCGGUGAACAAUGUCAUCCCACCCUUUGAUAACAUGAUGAAGGAAAAGAUGCUCAAGAAAAACAUCUUUACAUUUCAUCUUUGCAACACCAACUAUGUCUCACAAGACCAUGGUGGAGAAAUCAGCUUUGGGGAGAUCAAUCACAAUGCCUAUGAAGGGAAAAUUCAGUACCAUCCUGUAGUACGCAAGGCCUACUGGCAGAUCAAGAUGGAUAAGAUGACGGUGGAUGUGUUCCCCAAGAAGAGAUGCUGGCCCUGGAAAGCGUUUGAUGCUAGUUCAGGGAAGAUAUGCAAAGGUGGCUGCAACGCAAUUGUGGACACAGGAACUUCGCUAAUCACAGGGCCCAGAGAGGAUAUCCGUAUGUUGCACGAGGCUAUUGGGGCUGAACACGCCUUUGGAGGCCAGUACCUGAUAGAUUGUGAGAAGAUGUCCACAUUACCAAAUGUGACUUUCUACCUCAGUGGCAAACCCCACACCCUGACCCCAGACGUAUACACCCUCAAGGUGACCCAGAUGAAAAUGACCGCUUGCGUCAGCGGUUUCAUGAGCCUCGAUAUCCCUGCCCCCACUGGCCCGCUCUGGAUCCUAGGUGAUGUUUUCCUCCGCCAAUACUACUCUGUCUUUGAUCGAGAUAACGACCGUGUCGGUUUGGCCAUUUCCAAAAGAACCCUCUGCAGCUCCUCUUCUGAUGCUGAAACAACUGCAACUCCCACCACGGCUACCACCGCUGCCAGUGAAACCACCACCUCUGCCAGCUCAGAGGCAGAGUUAGAAGCCCAAUGCUAG